AACCAUGAUUUUCAUGUCAUUCGAGUAAGAUCUGGAAAAGAAACAUCAUUGCACAGCGGACAAAAAGGAUUUGGGAGUGAUUUUUUUACCAUCCAUCACUCGAACUUUAAGAACGGAGUAGUUGAAAGAGUCCCCAAAUAAAAAAAAACCUAACAUCCAAACACCAAGAAAAACAGAAAAAUACUUAAAGAAGCUAACAAAAAAUCGGUGAAAAAGGAACUUGUUUAAAAAGUUAAGAAGUGUAAAAAGGAAGAAAAAGUUUACAAGACGAUUUUUGUCAGCUUUUUUGGAUUAAAGAAUUUGUAGUAAAACCAACAAAAGCAAGUAAAAAUGGAAGACUCCAAGCUCCAAGAGCAGCAGCAACAACAACAACAACCCCAAGACUCCCCACAAGGUGAUGCUGCUCAACAAAAGCAGCCACCGCCUGCUAAAGAAGUUAUUGCUACUAAAGUAACCGGUACCGUUAAAUGGUUCAAUGUUAAGAGUGGUUAUGGUUUUAUUAACCGUGACGACACAAAGGAAGACGUAUUCGUCCACCAGAGUGCUAUUGUCAAAAAUAAUCCCAAAAAGGCAGUACGUUCGGUGGGAGACGGUGAAGUAGUAGAAUUCGAUGUUGUCAUUGGCGAAAAGGGCAAUGAGGCCGCCAAUGUUACUGGUCCUUCGGGAGAGCCAGUACGUGGCAGUCAAUUUGCUGCCGAUAGACGUCGUAAUCUUCCCUGGAUGAGAAGAAACCGUCGCAAGCAAGGUGGAGGCGGUGGUGGCAACCAACAACAACAACAGCUACAAGAGGGUCAGGGACAAGCUCAGCAAGGUGGUGACCACCAAGGAGGUCACGAUGGUGAUCAACAAAACCAACCGCAAAGACAGCAACGCAAUUUUAGACGUGGCGGCGGCGGUGGUAUGAGAGGAGGUCGCGGCCGACGCUUUAGAAACUACUAUCCCCGCAACCAGCCCAGACGUCAAGGUGGCGUUGAUGGAGGUAUGGGCGGCGAUGGUGGCCAUGAUCAGAACGCUGACUCUAAUCAAAGGGGCGGCGAUGGUCAAGGUGGCCCAGCCAUGCGUCGCGGUGGUCCACCCAGACGUUUCUUCCGUCGCAAUUUCAAUAAUCGCGGUGGCGGCGGUCCCCGUGGACCACCACGUAAUGACGGUAAUGGACAACAAGGUCCUCCACGUAACAAUCGUCCAAGACGUAAUACCAACAAUAGAAAACCCAACAAUAAUGCUGGAGGACAAAAUCAACAACAGCAACAGAAUGUUGGCCAGGAAGUUAAAAAUACCACUACAGAAAGCAGCGCUUAAAUAAAAGCCUAACAUGCAGCAACAGCAGCCUCUAAUUGUGGUAACCAGGUAAUAACAUUUAGUGGUGGUACAGACAACAACAACAACAACAACAGCUACCAACAAUUUAAAAUAAAAAUAACACUUAAGCCAACAAUUUCAUAUUAUUUUUUCUUAAAAAAAAAAACAUCUUUAAAAAUUACCUUAAUUUGUUUAUUUAAAACCCUAAGACAACAACAAACACACAACUCCCUUUAUUUUUGUAUUUGUGCUUAUAUUAUAUUUAAGUGUUUUAAUUAAUUUAAACAAAAUUCAUUAAGCUUUUCUUUCUCGAAUCACUUAUUUUGUUUUUUUUUCUUCUUCUACAUUUAAACUAUAAAAGUAUUAUUAUUAUUUUUGUAAUAUAUUUUAAAAUAUAUAGCAACUUUUUAAAUAUACUUUUAUUUUUUAAAUUUAUAUAUAAAAAAAAAUAAAAUUUGUUAAUAUAUACAUUUUUAUAUUUAAUAAUUUAUAUAUUUAAACAAAGUUUGGUUUAAUGAAUUUUUUUUCUUAAUCUUUGAGACACUUCUUUAUAACACCAGCAUAUAACAACCAACAUUAUUGUUUUAUACACAAAUUACUAAAAAAAAAUUAUUUAACAUCAUUAUUUUUUUUUAUUUGGAAAAUUUUUGAAAACCUUACUUGAAUCAUAAUCGUAAAAGUUUAAUAAACCAAACAAAAUUUUCAUUUGUUUUCUAAAUUUUCCUUAUAUUUUUUAGAAUUUUUUCUUUUUUUUUUUUUUCAAAAAAAAACUUUUAUAUUGUAUUUUUUUAUAUUUAACAUUAUAAAUAUUAUAAUUUUUUUUUAUUAGAUAUUUUGCUUGUUAAAUGUAAAAUUUAGACCACAUUUUUUUAUAUUUUUUGUUUGUAUACCAAAUAACAUUUAUUAUUUUUUUUAUAAAUUAAACAAACACCUUACAAAACAACAACAACAUACAUCUGUCUGUACAACUCUAGAUAUACAAUUAAAAAUACUACAAAGAAGAAAACAAAAAUACAACAAACAAAUAUUUAAAUAAAAUUUUUGAAAAAAAA